AUGGAAGAAUCGGAGGAGGGGCCUGAAGAAAACCCUAAAGGAGGCCCUGACAUGGGUCAGGAGGUGGGACCCAAAGUGGAACCGGAAGAGUAUGUGGUAACUGAUUACGAAUAUGGCGAAUCUAACCAGGAGUUAGAUGAAGGAAAUGACGUUGAGGAGGCAUGCAGUGAACCCCACCUAUCGAAAGCCCCAUCAGAUCCACGCACGGUUCUGAAGAGUGAUACAGACCAUUUACGCUCUCUUGAGGAAGAAAUAACCAAUCUGAAGCGUCAAAUCUUUGCAGGCAAAGAAAGGGUUGUACAAGUCGAGAAAAGGGUUAAGGUAAUCACCCAAGAGGCAAAUAAACUGGUUGAACUCCAGAUACGUCAGCUCGAUGAUUGA